AUGCUCCUAGAAGAUCAAUGUUUACCUCGAGAUUCGGAGGAAACUGCUAUACAGAAUAAAACUGGCAACUGUUCAAGGAUGGUCUUCAAAGUAUACGCGAGCAUAAUUUUUUUAAGCCUCAGUGCUUUCUUUAUGGAACCAAUUUUCAAAAUUGGGGAUGAAAGAAUAAAAGCAUUAAAUACUAUUCGGCCUUUUGACUUGAAAGAACCACUUUUCUUCUGGCUAACAUUUUUUCAACAAGUCCUUAGUCGUUCUGUGACGCCUUGGGUGCAUAUGUCAGUGGAGUGCCUAAUUGCUGGUUUAAUGCAGCAAGCUUGUGCUCAAAUCAAAAUAUUACAACAUCGAUUAAAGACAAUGCCUGCACUGGUUGCAAGAUGUAAAGAGCAAAGAGAAUAUAGGCACAUUGACAUGGAAUAUAUUUUGUUUGCGGAGAAUAGCACUAAAAUCAAAGAAACUUUAUACGAAACAGACUGGACUUCGCUGAGAAAAGACACCAAAUUUAAUAUCAUUACGAUGAUGAUCUGCACAUCAAGACCAAUUGUAAUAACAGCAGGUUCUGUAAUCAAAGUCAAUCUUACAUCGUUUAUUUCUAUAAUAAAUGCAGCAUAUUCGGCUUUCAACGUACUUCAGCAAACUGUCAAAAAAUAA